AUGUCACUUGCGCAGCUCGAGCACCUUCUUCCUCUGCCGAAGCCAGAUUUACAGCAGGUUCUGGAUUAUGCAGCAACAUUGAGCAAACAACAAGCUAUCGAGCAUUUCAAAGAUCUUCUGGGUGUUUCACCUCAGGCCAUUGAAUUUAUAUCCUCAUUCAACUCGCGGCGGAAAGAUCCUACAGCUCCUGCGAUAUCACAGCCAUCUUCCUCAGCUCCGUCCCCUUCGAACGAUAAUGGAGUUCCGAGAACCAGUCGCAAACAACCUAAAAAGAAAGCGCCUUUACAUACGCCCGCAGCGAGGAAGAUAGAAGAUACUUAUGCUGCGCAAGGCCAUGCAUACAAGAAGAAGGAUGAAGAUGAUUAUAUCACGAAACGACCAGCCCCAGCGAACGCCGCACCGAAGAACGCAUUUACUCUCAACACCAAACCAGACCUCAUCGCAGCUCCAACGCCGAAACCUCCUCCGUCUGCCGCAGGAACCUUGAUAUCAGAUUUCAAAUCAAGCUCGAACAAUUCGUCUCGAAAUGCCUCAAGGACAGGCUCGCCAGCACCCACGCAGAAGAAGACAAAAGUAAAUAUAACAGGCGGAACCUCGAUGCAUGGCGCAUCUACCGUGGUCAGCGAACUCGAUGCAGUGAUACGGAGUCUGGAAGUCAGCACGAAUAGUUCGCUUCUACCAUCCGUCGAGAAGCGCAGAUGUAAUUGCAUAGGCGCACGACAUCCUCUGCUCACAGCAGCGCCAAAUUGUUUGAAUUGUGGAAAGGUUAUAUGUGUAAAAGAAGGACUCGGACCUUGCACCUUCUGCGGAAACCCUCUUCUAAGUGCCGUUGAGGUACAAGGUAUGAUCAAAGAACUACGUGAGGAACGAGGCAAAGAGAAAAUGGCACAAGAUGCAGCGGGACACAAACGAGCCGAGAUAUCGAAGAAACCAGCGCCGUUUAGCCAGCCUAGACCAGUGGAUUUGAGUCCGGCGGAACAGAAAGCGAAGGAGCAUAGAGACAGGUUACUAGGCUUUCAAGCACAGAACGCGAAGCGAACGACGGUAAGAGACGAAGCGGCGGACUUCGAGACGCCUAUGACGGCGGGGGCGAAUAUCUGGGCUAGUCCGGCGGAACGUGCGAGACAGUUGAAGAAACAGCAGAAGGUGCUGGCGGAACAGGAGUGGAAUGCACGACCGGAGUACGAUAAGCGGAGACAGGUUGUCAGUAUUGAUGUAGCCAAGGGGAAGGUGAUGAGGAAGAUGGCGGCGGUGGAACGGCCGCAGCAGGUGGAGAGCGAGAGUGAGGAGGAGGUUGAGGAGCCAGUAUUGCAACCGGUUAGUGGGAAUGGGGGUGGAGGGAAGUUUAGUCGGAAUCCGUUGUUGGGAGGCAUGAUUAAGCCGGUUUGGAGUGCGAAGGGGAAGGAGGUUGAGGGGGAGGAGGUGACGAGGAAAAAGAUGUGGAGGAGGGUGCAGGAUGAUCUUGAUGAUAAUGAAGCUGUUAUUUUAGAUGGCGGGGCUUAUGGAGGGACUGGUAGGGAGGGGAAUGGGUAUUGA